AUGGACAUGUCCUGGGCACCGUCACGCAUCAGACCUCUCCUGUUCAUCUGCUACUGUCUGGUAAUCAUCAUUAAAACCGUCCAGUUUCACAUCCUGAGCUCUUCCUGCCUGCCACUUAUCCUGGGAUAUCCAUGGCUCCGUCUUCACAAUCCGCACAUCGACUGGGCGACUGGGACCAUCCGGGAGUGGAGUUCCUCCUGUCAUCAGAGGUGCCUGCAGCAAGCCUCAGUUCCGCUUCAUCCCUCCGGGUGUAGCUCCAGUUCGUCACCUGACCUCAGUGGGGUGCCACCCGAGUACCAUGACUUCCGCCAGGUCUUCAGUAAAGCCAGAGCCACCUCUCUGCCUCCACACCGACCCUAUGACUGCGCCAUUGAUCUCCUGCCUGGUUCAUCACCUCCCAAGGGUCGCCUAUACUCCCUGUCUGAACCCGAAAGAAGGGCCAUGGAGACGUACAUAAAUGACUCCUUGGCCGCAGGCAUCAUUCGUCCCUCUUCAUCCCCUGCUGGAGCAGGGUUUUUCUUUGUUGAGAAGAAGGACAAGACAUUGUGA